UCUCGAUUCGUGGCAGGUCGAGGGCCUGGACGACAACUUCCUCGACCUCGCGUUUGGGACAGAUUGGAACCCGGGUUUGGCUGACGAUUUCCUCGCCAAUACAAAGCCUUUGAGUGACCAUGCUACCAAUUGCCAAGUAAGUCUCGACAAUGCCCAUAUGGAUUACUCUCAAGACGCCGCGCGCGACAAAGCCCACCACACAAGAGGCAUCAACGACACAUCACCGCAUCUUGGCAAGAGACAGCACCAGGCGACGUCAAUCGUCCAGCCAGCCGUGCGAUUCUCACCAGCUUCGAUAAAAAUACUCAAGACUUGGCUGUCAACCCAUUCGGACAAUCCCUACCCGCGAGUCGAAGAGGUCGAAGCGUUCCAGAGGCAGACCAACCUCAGCAAACAGCAGAUCAUGACAUGGUUUGCCAACGCCAGGCGACGAUCAAAGAACAUCAACAUACGUAAACCUGCAGCUCGGGACAGAUCUUCAAGCCCAAUGCCAUUCGCCCCAUCACCAGGUCGUUCGACUCAUGGUGCCGUGAUUGGCGAUCAGAUGAAUCCUUUUCAAAGAUGGACCAACUCGCCCCCAGACCAGGAACCGGCUGAGAUCAGCGCUAUCGCGAUGGCCGUUGCAAGCUCUCUAGGGGUCCAUGACCAAGAGGACUCCCUUCUCACGCAAGGCGUCUCUCCAAGGAUUCACAAUUGGAAGCGUCAUGAAAAGUCACUUCACCUUUCGCUAGAGCGCUGGGAAUGUUCCCCAGAUGGACCUAUUUUUCGGAACGCUCAUUUUGAACCGGCUUGUGUUUAUUGUGGCGUGGUCGAGAGCGUCAACAUGGACGCUCAUUUGCAAAGUCACAAUUACGAAGCUUGUCAGAUCCGAACCCCGGAGGAACGUACAUUCUACCGAAAGGACCACCUACGCCAGCAUCUAAGAUUAAUUCACCAGGUUCAAUUAGAGCCACUGCUGAUGGAAUCCUGGAAGACUGAGGUGAUGGAGGUCCGAUCACGGUGUGGAUUCUGCAAUCUCGCCUUGAGCACUUGGACAGACCGAGUGGAUCAUCUGGCAGAACACUUCAAGAAUGGCACGACAAUGGCUGACUGGGAGGGAGACUGGGGUUUCGAACCUCGCGUGCUGGAGAUGGUGGAGAGCUCCAUCGCACCAUACAUUAUAGAUUAUGAACGAAAUUCGCCGUGCCCAUUCGUUGCUUUACAGACAAUCUCCGACGGCCCCUCGACGGCGUUUGAGCUGUUACAACUGGAGACUGAGUACUUCUGCUCGAGUCACAUGAAUCUCCAUCACACGCUACCUUCGAAUCAAGAGAUUCAGUACGAAUUGUGCUGCAUUAUUCUUGCCUCUGAGAUUCUGUCUCGCGAUACCAUUUCACCCGCUUCAUCGUGGGUUCGCGAUCUCCUCAUGUCUUCCGAGCAUAUCACUAGGCAAGCCAAAUCGCGUCCUAUUAGGAGCGGUUCACGCUUCACGGACCUGCGCACGCACGGGCAAGAGAACAUAUUCGGGAGCUGUCAUAUGGAGGGGGCCUUGCAAGAGUAUGUGAAGAGUAUGACGACCCAAGGUGCAGAUGUCACGAACGAAUUGCUCCAGCAACAGGCUUGCAACAUCAUAUGGUCAUUGACCACGUGCUCUUCAAGUUCUUCCGACAUGUUAGCGAACCUGCUGGUGAACUUGACUUACAGCUCAACGGGCUGGCUUGGUACUUUUCGCGAGCGAGCAGGUCUACCACCGGCUUAUCAAGAGCACAAAGCCUUACAGGCAAACCCACAAUCUUCCGAUGUACCCUCUAAAACUUGGAAAAAAGGGUGGGUCGAUCGCCCGGACGUUGACACCGGCAUCUCACAAACGCUUGCGGGGACUGCGCCAAGUUCAAGUAGUGAUACGGCACCAGUGAUGAGAUCGUCGGGCUUCGUCGACGACAGCUACUACAGACGCCUGAUAAGGGAGCUCACUCGCUUCAUCUCGAGCGCCAUAUCUCCGCGCAACCCUAACAGGCAUGUGCCGACAGAUCUCGAGAUUCAGAAUCAAGCGCGAUGGAUUCUUUAUGAUUGUGACGAUCCGUGGAACCAAACACCUGCGGAUAAUGGGAAUUGGUUGAAGGACUUCAAGGAUUCGAUAUCGAUGCCUAAGCAGUAGAUCCUUGUCUUGUGGCUUCGCUGGGGGUACCCCACCGUGGAGGCAACCUGACAUCAGUUCUGUCCUGGCAAUGCACUUACGCGCUGAUUCAUACAUCCCUCGGCGUCGGUUCUAUCCCCCCACUCUCUUCUUUCUCGCCGGUCUUGAACUCAAGCAAAGAUAUUGGCGGUUGACAUGUUCCCCUCAAGUCUGUCAAGGCCAUAUUACCCCUCUAUUCCUUGCCGGCCAUGGCGACAAAUUUUGCGAAUAUCGUCGAGCUACGACAAAUCCUUAUAGCCCUCUGGAUAACGGCUUCAGGUUCUGGAGCCCUUCUCAGCCAAAGCUUUUCAGAUCUUGUUAUGUGGGCACAUGGGCUAUUGGGGUUCGAAGAGUCUCAGUAGGCGAUCAAAUUGGCCAACAAAUCUGAACUGGCAGAGCUCCCGCUGGACGGAAGCAGUCUUGAAUUGCAACAUAGGAGGGAUGUGGUUCUGCCCAGGUUCGUAUAUGUCGCUGUGUUCGCCGUUCCGCCAUCUGCUUUGCGACAGAUGCUCUCUACAGCAUGGGCGCUCGCAACCUCUCUGAGCGCGGCGGCCUCGAAAUGUCAAACGCCAUUCACGCAGCUUCCUCUAUUAUCUAUUCAAUGUAUACCUUAUGG